UGAACUGUCACGAAUCGCGCAAGUCCCCCACUUUCCUCCCCUUCCGAGGCGAACGAGCAUGCGUUCCCAACGAGAACGGGAAGAUCGGCUCUUUUAAUCUUUUCUUUUAUUCAUUUUCCUCCUUCUGCAAUUGCUCGUUUAACCCUACGACAGUCCCCCCCAUUACCAUCAUUUGUCCUCCGCGUUUUCCCUCUCCAAACAACCUUAAUACACAAUCGGGUUCGUUUAAUAGACCUGCUGGCUUGUCUCUGCAGAUUUGAUUUGGUGCCGGCAAACGUAUCGGUCCAGUGACAAGAAACCACUAGGCAACUCGAAUUCAAACGUUUGUUUAUGGAAAGGAUACUCGGUUAUCUCCUCUUUGAGAAUUUCUUCGAUUCUAUUCGAUAUAGACGAUGUUUGUUUAACAAGAAAGCCUAAGAGUGAAAAUAAAUUUCCUGAUGGAUUGAUUUGAAAGAUAAACGCAAGAGAUCGAGGUUCGUGUUUUUCAACCAACGAUCGGGAUCUUGGUCGUAUUUCGUGAAUAUCUAUACUCGUGGAAAGAUGGAGGAAGUGGACGUUCAACAGGAGUCAAGAGACCAAGUGGGCAGUUUGAUAUUUUCUCCACCGCCGAUGAAGAAAUCCGACACGAGGGACAGUAUUUCUUCUGUGGACAGCGACGUCAGUCUUUCGUUCGAUCGGAGGGGCUCCAAAGGAGAGGAUGCUGAUCUAUCCGACUGUGGAAGUACGGGCAGCGAAAGAAAAUUGAACGAUACGACGGAGAAUCGGAUAAGUUCUGAUCCCGAUUCGGGAGCAGACUGCAAGGAGGACACGGUCGUCAACGAUUCUAGAGAGCAAAAGCAGGAGAAGUCGAUCGAAGAAAGUAAGAGCACUCAGGCGGACGAUUUUGUCCCACCGAGCGACGAGUUGACCGAGAAAAUAUGUACCCAAGUGGAGUUUUAUUUUUCCGAUGAGAAUAUCGUUAAAGACGCGUUCCUCUUGAAACACGUGAAAAGGAACAAGGAGGGUUACGUGUCUCUGAAGCUAAUCUCGAGUUUCAAAAGAGUGAAACACCUUAGCAAAGAUUGGAGAGUGGUCGGUGCAGCUUUGGCAAAAUCUAAGAAACUUCAAGUGAAUCCGCAGGGUACAAAGAUCCGUAGGAUCGAUCCUCUGCCACCUUUCGAUCAAACCACCCCAUCGCGAACGAUUCUAGCUGCUAGACUUCCGGUGGAGAAGUUAUCGGUCGAGUCUGUGGCUGAAAUAUUCAGGCCAUGCGGAGAGAUCGCUCUCAUCAGGGUUCUUCGACCAGGUCAUCCUGCACCAGCCGAGGUAAGACAAGCGAUAGCUAAGAGGCCAGAAUUGGCGGCAAGCGAGGAGUGCGCCAUGGUCGAGUUCACGGAUUCAGCAUCUGCUCGUGCUGCUUUACAAAUGUCCUUGGGCGAUGCCAAGGUGUUCGAGUUGCAACAAUCUGGCGAUAAGAAGAAAAAACAACAGCCAGCAAAGAAAAGUACCCUGACAAGACUGGCCAAAGAGGAAACUUAUAAUUCAUCGAGUUGCGCCAGUGGAUCUGAGCCCGAAGACGGACGAGCCAGGCAUAAGAAACCAAUUCACACCUACCCAACCUAUCACCCUUAUCCGGGAAAUCAUUAUCAAGGACCCCCAUCACCAGAGGCAUGGUUAUCCCGCCGAUUGUCCGCAUGCUCGGUAUCAGGUUCAGAAAAUGGCUACAUCCUUCGUCGCCUGUCUAGUUGCUCGGGUUCAGGUUCCGGUUCAGAAAGCGGAAGCUUCGGUAGACGCUACUCAGCCUGUUCCUCUGGUUCCGACACCGGUUAUUACCACCCAGUUUUCCCACCGAACUACUACUACCCGGAAAAUCGACGUUUCUCCUGCUGUUCGAGUUCCGGUUCCGAGUGCAACGGUGUUUGCUAUCAUUCUUCUAGUCGUCGAGGAUCCGCGGAUUACGGGCCCUUUAUAAGAAGGCUAUCCGCUUGCAGCCGAGAUUCCGGCUACGACGUGGGUGUUAGGAGAUUGUCGUUAUGUUCAUCUGGUUCCGAACAGGCUGGAUAUUGUCGACCUAGAAGUAACAGCGGUAUUGCGUUAACUCAUUUGCCGGAAAACGUGACGAGAAUGCCAUCUGGUCCAGAUGGUACGCGUGGGUUUGGUCGACCACCUAAAAUGAACGCCAUGGCACCACCCAUGGAGCCCACGUGUUAGAAUUUAUUUAUUCUUGACAGUAUGUUUUUAUCUACUCAUUUCUAAUUACGGUUCUCGCUAACUAACGUUCUCCGAAGUAAUGAGAUAGCUGACAAUUUACAUAUUUUUCAUUUCAUUUCCAUAUAGGCAUUAAUACUUUCAAAUAAUUUUAUCAAGUGAUUUUAAAUGUUUCGUUACAAGGCUGUUAAUUACCGCCGAAAUUGAAUAUAUUUAGAAACACUUGCGAGAACGUUUCAUCUUCUUCCUAAGUUAUACUUUGUUCAGUAAUCAGAGAUUUAUAUUUAAUGUAAAUAAUAGUAUUUUAAAAAUUGCGUAAUUGUGAUAAGCGUCAAUUCUACAAAGGAUAUUUUCAAUGUAUGUAGAGUGUUGUACAAAUAUGUUCGAUUAUGAAGUUCUGUGAUAUUGACGAAUAAAUGUACAUUGUACAGACUUCGAAAUCGUAAGUAGUAUAUGUCAGUAUUGGACAGACACUACUCCGUGUUACCCGCGAUACUCAAGCAGUAAUAUACAGUAAUAUACAUUAUGUAAACGUUGUAAAGAAAUAUAUUGAUACAAUAAUUUUCCA